UUCUCCCAUUUUUAAUAAAAGCUUCCAUCCAUCCAUCGCGGUUGCAUCCACGAGCUCGCGAGCGGAGAUUUUCCCCCACGAUUUUUGCUGUUCAUCCGUGUGGGGGAGGAGAGAUUCCGCGUCGAUUGGUGGUCGGAUCGGAGCGAGGAGAAGCCCCCGUGUUCUUGGCUUUUUUUCCCCCGAUCGAAUCCGGUGGAAAGCGAGCAAUAAAAACCACUUCUUUUCUUUUUCGUUUCUGGUUUUCUUUUUCUUGUUGGGUUUCUCUUCCUCCUGCUCGAGUUUGAUCUCUUGAUUCGUGAGGAGUGUGGCGAAGAUGAGCGCGAGUUUCCUCGAGAUCCAGCCUUCGGAGCUCUCAUUCCCCUUUGAACUACUGAAGCAGAGCUCAUGCUCCAUGCAACUCACCAAUAAGACCGACCAUUAUGUUGCAUUUAAGGUCAAAACAACCAACCCAAAGCAAUACUGUGUGCGCCCUAAUAUUGGCGUCGUAUUGCCGGGGUCUACAUGUGAUGUUACAGUGACGAUGCAAGCACAGAGGGAGGCACCUCCGGAUAUGCAGUGCAAGGAUAAGUUCCUUGUUCAAAGUGUUGCAGCUGAGAAUGGUGCAACAACUCAAGAUAUUAGUGCAGAAAUGUUCAAUAAGGUGGCAGGAAAGGUUGUUGAGGAAUUCAAGCUACGUGUAGUCUAUGUGCCAACGACUACAUCCUCCGCAAUGCCUGAAGACUCUGAACAAGGAAGUUCUGCUCGGCCAUUUGCACAAGAAAAUGGUAUCCAUAAUUCAACAAUGCCACAACCUGUUUUUAGAUCAUCUGCUGAACCAACAAAGGAGAGGCCCACAGAGCCAUCGUCCAUGAUCUCCAAACUAAAUGAGGAGAAUAGGGUUGCUAUUCAGCAAAACCAGAAGUUACGACAUGAGCUGGAGCUCCUACGGAAAGAAAGCAGCAAAAGCAGUGGCGGUUUCUCCCUCACCUUCUUGGCCAUCGUUGGUCUUCUCGGCAUCAUCGUGGGCUACAUCCUCAAGAAGACAUAGAAGAGGUAGAGGUUCCCAACAAAAGUUAUACUCCCAGGAAAGGAUACCCCUCAUAUUGGUAUGCCGCGCAUCGUGUUUUUUUCCCUCCUAAAAGGAGCACCUGUCCUAACUUGUAACAACAAUACUCCUCCUAGAUGCCAUGGUUUGUGUACAUUAUGGUGGUUUUACGCUUCGCUGCGGUUUUUUUUUUUUUUACAUUGACUAGGCUUGAUUUUUAAGAGUUUUAACUGGUGCAACUGUUUGACAUUCUCCAUAAUCUUUUAUUCUUUCUUUCUGAUCAAUUUAUCAUCAUACUGUUAAACUUUAAAUUUCUCUUCCA